GUUGUCUUUUAAACGUGAGAAAAAAAAAACUAAUAAUGAAUUAAUCCAUAUAUUUUGUGGACGAGUGAAUGCAAAGCAUCCACAAAAAUCAAAUCACGAAUAGAAGCCAAGGGAGAAACAACAUACACAAAUGUCCUUAACAACAAUAAAUUAUCUGCUCUGAUCAUCAGAAAUUAUUGUUGAUCUGGCAGGCAUGUCAAGUAGGCCGGAGGAAGAAGCAGUAGCAGCAGGCAACGAAAUUGAAACUGGAGACGAUGAUCGGAACUCUGCGGCGUCAUCAGGGAACCGCUGGGCUCAGGGCGAACGAGAGUCGCUAAUGGUAGUCGCAACGUUCGUGGCGGCGGCCGCUUUCCAAGCCGGAAUCAACCCUCCCGGCGGCGUCUGGCAAGACGACGGCGACCCCAGAUACGAGGCCGGCAAGUCCAUCAUGGCCGCCAAAAACGAAUCUCUGUACGUCACUUUCAUCGUCGGCGCAACGCUGUGCCUGGCGGCUGCGCUGACGCAACUUCUGAUGUUGCUCAACGAUUUCACGAAAAAGGCCCAACUCUCGGCUUCCAGGUCCUCUCUGUCCUCGGGGUUAAUCUUCUUGUCAGUCUUCUCGUACUCUUAAUUUCAUUCUACUUUCAGACGAAGAAGAAGAAAGUUUCCCGGUGAAAACAAAAAGGGCAGAAAAUUAUGAUUAAAAGUUUAAUUAC